AUGAUUUGGGAAGGCUCAAAGAGGAAUCAACUGAUCCUUGGAACCCCAUUCCUUGCUACAGCUGGAGCGGUCCUAAACUACUUUGGGAAUCAUCUAUCUUUUGGCCACAUCCGGCAAGAUAUCUUUUUCCCAAGUGUAAAUUUCAGGUCAGUGCCAAGUGCGACCAAGCUACCACCAGAAGAAGCCACUCUCAAGCCUAAGAAAGAAGCCGUGAUUCAUGGAGAAAGAAGAGAGAGUGAGCGCUACCCAAAACCAAAGGAGAAGAAGAAAACAUUGGAGCCGAGGCAUGAAAAUGUCUUCAAAGAUAUCAACUCCAUCUUACUUCCAACCUUUGAUGAAUAUGGAGCUGAAGAGGAGACUAAUGGUGCACCUAAUCUCUUUCACAAGAUAAGAAUCUUUACACCAAAAGAUUCGGAGCUUAAAGGUGACCAAUCCAUUGAAGAGAAGCUUGAGAGAACUAUGAAGCUUUUCCCCAAGGCAUUGGUUUUCAAAGAUGAUGUGAGAGAUGACUAUGGCGCGACAACACCACCACAAGAAUCCACUACACCGGAGAAUGGAGAAGCUAAAGGGAUCCUUUGCCCUUCAGCCACUCUUCACCACGAUUGA